GAGCAGACCCUCCUCACUCAGUCGCGAAACGACAGGAGCGCCGCGCAAGCGUGCUGGCCGUCAAUAAAACCAAGCAGCCACAAAAAAACUAUAAAAAAACAAAAUUAAAACAUAAACUCAUUUGUGAUUUCAAAAAUGGAACGCUGUUCGAAAUUCUAUUCCAAAUUCAAAUUACUUAACCUAUUCUACGAGUGUGCAAGUUGUAAAUCCUAAGUGGGCAUGUAUUGACUUUUUGUGUUUUGUUUUGUGAUAAUUCUGAUAACGGUGAUGACAAGUGGAUAUGGGUGUGAUAAUAAUGUUCACUGUUUAUGGGAUUGGAUUGCUCAAUGUGGCAGAGUCGAUGGUAACGAAUCAUGGAUUUACAUCAUCAACGAAGUUUCACGUUUGAGAAGCUAACAAGCCGUCACAAAAACAGAUGGAAGCUACUCACGUGAAGUGAACCAAGUGAACAUGAAGUGAGAUCUAAGUGAACAUGAAGUGAGAUCUAAGUGAACAUGAAGUGAGAUCUAAGUAAACGUGAAGUGUUGGUGAGUUCAAACAAGUGACAAGUGAAGAAGUGACAGUAAACAAUGGACGAAUGAUAAGUGAUGAUGGAUGAAUAGAACCCGCUGUGAUGGGGUGUGGACAGAGCAAAAUAAACCUCUACCCAAGAAGAAACAAAAAUGGAGGGAAAGGAAACAGUGCCAAAAAAUCAGGCGCCGCGGACAAAGAAGCGGACGAGGAGGAGGGCACGGCCGCCGCCGCCACCGCCGAGGACACGGAGGACGAGGAGCAGAACAAACAUAUCCUGCCGCUCUCUGCGCACCCACCGCCGAUUGAAGUGUCAGCCAGUCAGCAGGAUUUCUUCAAGAUGCUGGACGAAAAGAUUGAAAGGGGAAGGGACUACGACUCAUCCAGCGAGUCAGAGUUGCGGCUCGAGCAUGAAAGGAGAAGGAAUCUCCUAGAGAAAUGGCGGUCUGCAUCUCAGUCCACGUCCUCGCAGUCGCAGCCCAGCCCGCCCACUCCUGCCAGGAGACGAGUGCCUCGACCAGUGCCUCAGCCACCCGAGCGACAGAGCAGCCCCGGCUCCGUCAGAAGGUGCUACCGACAACAACACGUCCCAGACGGCAUGUCCCCGCCUCCAAGAAGAGCACACAGCGCCCAAUCCCACCACCCUCCUGAACCCAGACCAGUCAAUGGAGACAACAACUGGCAUGACCCCACAAAAUCACCAGUCAAAAGACCACACAGCGCAGGUUCCAACUGGAAAAACAACCCCAAAGUGGCCCCGUACAACCAAAAGCCAAAGAAGAACGAAGCAAACGAAAACCAAAGAUCUAUCCAAAAAGACGCAGACAUGACUGGCUCUGGGCAGGAUAUCUCCCAGAUAACAUAUAACCCAACAUUCCAAACGCAUAGUCCGGCCCAUUCGGCGAAGUCUCAACAACCGUACAUAGCACAAAUCAUAAGCUACCCCAUGUCUCAGCAAGUGCCUCCGCAAUCACCUCCAAAAUACAUAGCACCGCCUGAAGAGUAUCAGGAUCCCCAAAAUAACGUCUCUGAUAAUAAAUUUACUAAUGCUGCCGGUAGACAAACUCCUGUCACUCAGGUUAACGCGCAGUCCCAUAUUUAUUACAUACACGGCAAUUCGUCCACAACAGUCAAUCAAGACUUGGUUCAGCAACGACAGCAGACGGCUAUACACCUGCAGCAGUACGUCGCGAUGAAGCAAGCUCAGCAGCAGAUGUACACCUAUUUGCAGAGAACUCCGCAUACAGUGUUCCCGAAUGUUGAUUUCACUCAGACGCAGAAUCCUAACCGAGUGUACGAGAGUAGCGAAGAGUUCGUUCCUCAGUAUGGACAUCCGGCGAUGAGGCCUCACAGCGCGCCGACUCCAGUGGGUGUCGUGAGACCUAUGCCGAUGGCGCCAGGUUUCAACGCCAUGCCAGAUGGUUCUCACAUGAUGCCGAUGCCGAUGUGGUCUCACAUGCCGCCGGUGGUGUCCACGAUGGGUCCCUGGGUGCCCGGGCAGGUGCCGCAUGACAUGCAGUACUACCCUCAGUCCCAGUUUGUGCCUAUGUAUCGUCCGAACUCGGCGGGGUCCGCCGGGACUCUGACGAGGUAUCAUAAGAAGGAGGGCGACGGUGAGGGAAAAGGUAACGUGUGCCAAAGCAUAAAUCUAGUCAGACAGAAGCAGGUCGGGCAGAUCGUGUCCCUGCCGGGACAAGAGCUGACGAUCUGCAACAACAUGAGCGACAGUCCCAGUCCAGCCUCCGUGAGCACAGACAGCGGAGUGUCCCCUGGCAACAGUGUGCCCAGUUCGAAGAAUUCCGUAUUUAGCACUCCGACCAGCGGAACUGACACCUUUAGCAAUGCUCUAGAUACAAAAAAUAAGAAAAACAAAACGGUACCCUUCAACACUAGAUCUUUAAAGAAUUCUAAAAGUCUAGAUUCUUAGUGAAAGUUUGUAAUUAUGUAGAUUUUCUAAAUGUAUGUAGCGUCUAGACUAGACAGAACUAAAAUAGUGAAAUUAGAUUCCAAAGUGCUUAUCUUUGUAUUAAUGUGAUUUCAUCGGACGUUUUUUAAGACUCGGUGUAAAGUUCGAUGUAGUUAACUAUGAAUAAUAAUAAACUUGUCAUCAUUGGUAAAUGUGAUCCGAUGAUGUAAUACGUUAAUUUAUUUUCUAUGAACGUGUCAUUUAAUUUGAGAAACGGGUAAUUUAGUUACGUAUGAGUAUUUUGUA